GUAGUAGUUGCUAUUGAAACAGACAGAUAUAGAAUCAAAGGAGCCAGAAGGCGUUUAGAGAAGGACAAGAGGACGACGUCAACGUUUCAAGAGAGAAGGAUUCUCCUGGAGGAUUAAACAGAACCAAGAAGUGACCGUUUGGGAUGUGAAGAGUUUUCCUGUGAAUCGAGAGAGAGAGAGAGAGAGAGACUCAGCCGAGGUCAAGCUGCUCUUGACCUUUGACUCGGGGUCAACCGGUUGAUCUUUUUUAAAGCUCCGCGUCACAGAGGCUUCACCCGACUCACCUGGCGGCGCCGCAAAGACAAGUCGGGGGUAAAGUAACUUUUUUAAAAGGUCGGGCGCCUUCCAUCAGCAAAAGUCGGAAAAGUCGGCGAGCGGCGUCCCGUAAAGUUCGACCUCGCCAGUCGCCGACACAGAGCGCCGUCGCUCGUCUGAAAGAUGACGUUCGCCAUGCUGCGCUCGGCGCCCCCGCCGGCGGGCCGCUUCCUGUACGGCGACAUCGCCCUCCUCUCCGAGGACGACGACGAGAACGGCAGCGAGGGCUCGGGCUCCGACGAGCGCAACAACUUUCGCCUGUCGACGUCGCCGUCCGCCUUCCACAUCAAGGUGAGCAGGAAGAGGAAGCUGUGCGGGGCGGGCGGCGGCGGGAUGGACGUAGGCGCCAUGAUGGGGAGGCUCAUCCCACAGGGGUCCCCCCCCCACGGCGAGGUCCGCCAGAGGACCGCGGCCAACGCGCGGGAGAGGGACCGCACCAACUCCGUCAACACGGCCUUCACGGCGCUGCGGACGCUCAUCCCCACCGAGCCGGCCGACAGGAAGCUGUCAAAGAUCGAGACGCUGCGUCUGGCCAGCAGCUACAUCAGCCACCUGGGCAACGUGCUGCUGCUGGGGGAGGGGCUUCACGACGGACAGCCCUGCCACGCGCCCUCAGCGCCGUUCUUCCACGUCAACUCCUCCCCCAACCGAGGGUCCGACCAAUCAGCUCAGCCGAAGCACAUCUGUACUUUCUGCCUCAGCAACCAGAGGAAAAUGAACAAAGACCGAGACCGGAAGACGGCGAUCAGGAGUUAACGACGAGGACGCGACCCUCGCGGAGGAACCGCAGCGAUUGGACUGAAACUCGGACUCUUGAUGCGUUUCAAAGACUUUCCAAGGACUUCUUUUACUUCCUGGACUUUUUAAAGGAACCAAGAUUUCCCUUUUUAUUCUUCCUUACUUUUUAUAUCGCUUUAUAUGAACUUCUUUUUACUUUUUAGGGUGUUUUCAAAUGUGUUUGAACACUUCUGAAAAGCCCAACAGUGCUUUUAAAAGGCGUCUCGAGACCUACGAUACGUAUAAGAGACGUGGUGCGUUCAAAGACCUUCUGAGUCUGAGGAACACACACACACACGCGUGUCUUUAUAGGAUCUGUGUGUCACGAAUGUGUAAACUGAAAUAUAAAUGUAUAUUUAUGUGACAUAACAUCAUAUAAUGAAACUAUGUUAUUUAACCGGUAAUGACUUCCGUGACACGUAAUGUGUAAAAGGUGCAAAACUAUUCACACAAUUCAUCGCCGCAAAAAAAAAACAUGCUGGAACUUUAAUGGUUUUGUUUAUUUCUCACGAGCGUCUCUGAAAAUGUCCGAAUGCUGGAAAAUAACACAAGAUGACCAAUAAAUUGUUUUUAUAUCUGGG